AUGGAAAUGGUGUUCCAGCUACUGAAGGUGAUGUACCAAGUGUCUCGAGGUAAUUUCGUUUUUCACUGCGAUGCUAUUUGCUGUGUGUUAUUGCUUUGUUUUUGUAGUAAUACGGUUGAAUGGGUGGAGAUAGUCGAACCACAAACGAAACAGCACAUGUAUGCAAAUUUGAUUACGGGACAGUGUUCGUGGGAACCACCACCGGGUGCUUCAGUUAAACGUACGCACGAAAACCAGUGGUGGGAGCUGUUUGACUCGAAAACGGGCCGUUACUACUACUACAACGCAGCCUCGAUGAAAACUAUUUGGCAACGACCAAUGGGUGCUGAAGUGGACAUCAUCCCUCUUGCGAAAUUACAGACCUUGAAGGAGAACACUGAG